AUGGAGGAAAAAUUUUCAGAUUAUAACACAGCCCAGCCCCAGAACACGGCUGAGGCCCAGGCGGUCCCGCUCAGCCCGGCCGCCGGGGAGCCCGUGCCUGUGGCCCGCUGCGUCUCCACCGAGGGGCACCCGCCCGCCCGAAUCACCUGGCUCUCCCACGCGGGCACCAUGGCCAACACAAGCCAGACGACUGUCGUGCCAGGGUCCCUGUCUGGCACGGCCACCGUCAUCAGCCUCUUGACUUUGGUGCCCUCGAGCGAGGUAGACGGCAAGAUUGUCACCUGCAGAGUGGAGCACGAGAGCUUCAAGGAGCCCGUCCUGCUGCCCGUGACUCUCGCCGUGUCCUACCCCCCUGAGGUGUCCAUCUCCGGCUAUGAUGACAACUGGUACCUCGGCCGUGGUGAGGCCACCUUGACCUGUAAUGUCCGCAGCAACCCAGAGCCCACGGGCUAUGACUGGAGCACGCCCACAGGUCCCCUGCCACCCUCUGCAGUGGCCCAGGGCGCCCGGCUUCUGAUCUCUACCAUAGAUGAGUCGAUCAACACGACUUUUAUCUGCAAAGUCACUAAUGCCCUAGGGACCCGCCAGGCGGAAGAGACCAUUCUGGUCACAGAGAAACCUUCCAGGGAGCAGUCACACAUAGGCAUAUCCACUCAGACAAUCAUCCUGCUGAUUCUCGGAAUCCUGGCUCUUCUGGCUCUGGCGGGGGCCCUGUUUUAUUUCUGUCAGCUCAGAAGUUCCCGUCCGGACCGUAGCCACCCCUCAGCGAACGGAUGUGUCUCCUAUUCCACGGUGAACACCCAGGACAACACUUCUCAGGAGCCUCAGGCCAAGUAUACAAGGUGACAGCACCAGGACCGAGUGGCGAGACUGGAGGUGGCAAGGACACAGGCCUCCCUGGCCAAAUGAAUAUUUAUUUGUAUUUAAUAACCCCGUGAAUAUGAUGACAAAAUCCUCAAAGAGCACACCCACCGUCCCUGGCCGGCGAGUGCAGACACCACUAAGGGAAGGGUCACUCUCAUGCAGUAGAGGAGGCAGGACUUGGAAUCUCAGGGCCCCGAUGGGCACGAAGACCCCAUCCAGAGAGACUGGCAUCCCUCCCCCAUGCCAAACUUUGCAACGGGGUGGGCAGGUGCACGUCUCCAGGACCAGCCUCAGGGUCCAUCGUGCACUGGAAGGACUCAUAACUCAGGAAAGCUGUUAGAGUCUCGGUUACGAUUAAUUACAGUGAAAGAUUAAGACCAUCCAAGGGAAGAGACAUGGGGUGGGGUUCAGGAGAGACCAGGCACCAGCUUCCAGUUGUCCCGUCCCCACGGAGUUGUGCAGACAGCACUUCAUUCUCCCAGCAACAACAUGUGACCACGCAGUGUAUCGCCCACCAGGGCAGCUCACUCGAGAUCUCAGUGUCCAGGGUUUUUACCAGGGGAUUGACUAUAGACACGGCUGGGGGAAAGGAACCAGGUUUCCCUCUGGGCAAAGUCAAAGCCUUGACUGCCAUGCAGAAGCGGGUGGACGGCCAGAAAAUUUCAUGAGGAACUUGGCCUCUGGGUUUGAGCCUCCAAAUCUCUGUAUCUGUCACAUCUCUGUGAUUACAAGAAACAGCCACCAGCCUGGGCAAUAGCAAGAACUUGUCUCUACAAAAAAAAUCAAAAAAUUAGC